AUGGCCAUCUCAACUGAGAUCCCAAAGACUGUCGACUGGCAGGGCAAGCAGGUGCCCGUCUACCCCAUGCAGACCAUCAGCUUCGAGCGGUUGCUAUCUCAGGAGCCAGCCGAAAUCGAGAAGCUGGUUCACUGCUGCCAGACCGAGGGCUACUUCUACCUCAACUUGCAGGGAAUUGACGGCCGCAGGAUGCUCCAAGACCAACAAAAGACGCUGGAUCUUAUGCACAAGUUCUUCGAGUCGCCUCUCGAGGCCAAAAACGAAUUCGGGCUGGUCUCGCCGCACCUGGGGUACGAGCCCGUGGGCUCACGCACAGGCGUGCUUGAGAACACCAAGGAUGGGUACGAGAUGAUCAAGGUAUCCCGAGACGAAAUCCAAAGACUAGACCCCCACCUCCCCCACAUCAUCAAGAACGGCUACGACAUCUCCAUCCUUGAAAAUUCCAUCGCAGGCUCCAACAUCAUCACCAAGUCCAUCCUCUCGGCUCUCUCAACCGGCCUCGGCCUCACCGGCGCAAGUCGCUUCGAGAACUCGCACCGCAACGACCGCCCCUCGACAAGCACCCUCGCUAUGAUGCACUACAUCCCGUCCGACCCCAAGAUAGCAACCAACAUCGGACACCAGAAACAUACCGACAUCAGCUCCUUGACUUUGCUGUUCAGCGAGCAGUGGGGGAUGCAAGUGCGCCCCCCACGCGCACGCGAAUUCGGCUUCGUCGAGCCGAAACCGGGAUGCGCCAUUGUCAAUGUGGGCGAUUCCCUGCGAUUCGCUAGCGGACACACGAUGCAAUCAUGCAUCCACCGUGUCGUACCUUUUGAUCCGACUGAGCACAGGUACUCGAUUGCGUAUUUCUUGCGCGCGGAGGACGAUACCAUGUUCACGGAUAGUGAGGGAAGGUACAUCACGGCUGGGCAGUGGCAUGAUGAGAAGUUCUUUGCUUUUACUACCGAUGCGGAGACUCAAGCUAAGGCGCCUAGCUCUAUGUUGCUGGGUGGGAUGAGGGAGACAGAUGACGAUGAGUACAAGUUGUCUGCGCCUACUCCUGCUAUCGCGAAGGAGACCAAGGUUGAGGCAUGA